AUGUCGGACGUUGAGGAUGCGAUGGAAGUUGAUCCGCAGCCGCGGACCGACGUCACGUUUUCAGCCGCAAGCUCCAAGGGCAAGCGAAGCACGGCAGCGAACCUGCCGGUCGAGGCCGAGGAUUCGCUCCCAUGGGUGGAAAAGUACCGGCCGGUCUCGCUGGACGACGUGUCGGGCCACCAGGACAUCCUGGCGACGAUCAACAAGUUUGUGGACUCGAACCGGCUGCCGCACCUGCUGCUGUACGGGCCGCCGGGCACAGGCAAGACAUCGACAAUCCUGGCGCUGGCGCGGCGCAUCUACGGGGCGGAGAACACGCGGCAGAUGGUGCUGGAGCUCAACGCGUCGGACGAUCGCGGCAUCGAUGUGGUGCGUGAGCAGAUCAAGACGUUUGCGUCGACGCGGCAGAUCUUUGCUGCCAGCAGCGGCCCGGCGCCGUCGCUGGCGCGCUACAAGCUGAUCGUGCUGGACGAGGCCGACGCCAUGACCAACACGGCGCAGAUGGCGCUGCGCCGCAUCAUGGAAAAAUACACGGCCAACACGCGCUUUUGCAUCAUCGCCAACUAUGCCCACAAGCUGUCGCCCGCGCUGCUCUCGCGCUGCACGCGCUUCCGCUUCAGUCCGCUCAAGGAGGCCGAUAUCCGCGUGCUCGUCAACAAGGUCAUCGCCGACGAGGACGUCAAGAUCAUGUCGGAGGCCGCUGACGCCCUCGUCACCCUGAGCCGUGGCGACAUGCGGCGCGCUCUCAACGUGCUGCAGGCCUGCCACGCAUCGAGCACCCCCCUUCUCCCAAAAGACGCCCCCAAGACGGACAUUGUCCGCGAGCUGAUCACGACCGAAACCAUCUACAACUGCAUUGCUGCACCGCCGCCCGAUGCCAUCCGCGAGAUCCUGCACACCCUGCUAGAGACUAGCGACGUCACGUCGUGCCUCGACACGGUCAAUGCCCUCAAGGUGGCCCGCGGUCUCGCCCUGGCCGACAUCAUCACCGCCCUCGCCGAGGAGAUCACAAAGGUCGAGGCUAGCCCCAAAGUCAUGGUCACGUGGCUGAGCGGCCUGGCCGAGAUCGAGCACCGCGUGGCUGGCGGUGCCGGCGAGACCGUCCAGACGGGUGCGCUCGUCGGAGUCAUCCGUAGCGGCUGCGAGCUGAUGGGCCAAUGA